CCGGCGUCCUCCUCCGGGCGGUCAUUUUGGCUGCUCGGGUGUGUUCAUACGGACAGAAGUUCUGGAGCGUUUAGUGGGGCUGACGGGACAGGACCGAGAAAGUGACGGGGCAGUCGUUGUUCCCGCUGCACAAAGGCGAGUCUGAGGCUCGGCCGCGGCGCCGCCCGAGAUGAUCCGCACCAGGGCCGGUUUAAGAACCGCCGGCCCGUUCCUGGCCCCGCUCCGCCCACAGGCCUGGAUGGCUGCGGCCGCUCAGAGGGACCCGCCUCAGAUACAAGCAGUAAGUCCAAUACAUUCUCAGCAAUAGACCUUCUUCUGGACCUUCCUAUGAAGCCAGAACCACAUGCACCAUCCUGAUCCUGUGUUUUAUUCACUGCUGUGAGAACUACAUUGACCAGAGGACCCUGAGCCAACAAAUUCACGUCAGUGUGGAGCCAAUGAAGGUCCAGGACUGGGGCAUUUCCAUGUGUGCCAUCGUGUCAAGGCGGGAUUUCCGGCAUUCUCCUAGUGGCAGUCUGUUUCCUACUCAGAGGUUCCACAGCUCUGUGUCUGGUCCGAGGUGACCAAAUUAAAGAGGAGACACGACCAAGAGGAAUUGUCCUUGCUGUACAGAGUCGGAUCUGAAGCACUGGGUUGCUCCACCCACAGACUCCGAUGGCGGCGGCAGUGCUGAGGGACACGCCUCAGGGUAGUGUGACCUUUGAAGACGUGGUAGUGUACUUCUCCUGGGAGGAGUGGGGGCUCCUUGAUGAGGCUCAGAGAUGCCUGUACCACGAUGUCAUGCUGGAGAACUUUGCACUUGUGACCUCACUGGGUUGUUGGUAUGGAAUGGAGGAUGAGGAAGCAUUUUCUGUGCAGAGUGUUUCUGUAGAACAAAUGUCACUGGGCAAGACUCCAACUCCAGAUCCAUCCAUUCAGAAGACUCACCCCUGUGAGAAGUGUGUCAUGGCCGGGAGAGACAUUUUGUAUCUGCCUGAGUACCAAGGAUUGCAUCCUGGGCAGAAAUCAUACCCCUGUGAGGCAUGUGGAAAACAAUUUUGGUUGAGUCCAAACAGUCACCAGCACCAGAAGCACAAUGAUGAGAAGCCAUUCAAAAGGGACAUAGAUAGGGCCUCAUUUGUGACGAGCUACAGGUUCCAUGUUUCAGGGAAGACCUUCACCUGCGAAGAAGUCGGGAGGGACUUCCUGGCUAUGUUGAAUCUUCUUCAGCACCAGGCCACUCUCAAAGGGGCAAAGCCACAGAGCAGCUUCAGGUGUGGGGAGUCCUUUCAUAGCGGAAAAAGUCAUUACAAGUAUAGUGAGUAUGAGAAAUUGUUCAGCUAUGAAUACACACUUUUUCAGGAUGAGCAACUUCACACUAGAGAAAGUUACUAUGACUGUGAGAAACCCUUUAACCAAAGCUCCAUCCUUAUUAAUUGCCAGAGACCUGACACAGGAGCAAGGUCUUAUGAGUGCAGUGAAUGUGGGAAAUCCUUUAGCCAAAGCUACAGACUCAUUCAACACCACAGAAGUCACACUGCAGCAAGGCCUUAUAAGUGCAAUGAAUGUGGGAAAGCCUUCAGCUACAAAUUAAGACUUGUGCAGCACCUACAAAUUCACACUAAAGUGAGGCCUUAUGAGUGUGGUGAAUGUGGGAAGUCCUUUAGCUACAGCUCCACUCUCAUUAAACACCAGAGAGUUCACACUGGAGCAAGGCCUUAUAAGUGUGGUGAGUGUGGGAAUUCCUUUAGCCAAAGCUCCAACCUCAUUCAGCACCAGAAGAUUCACAGUGGAGCGAGGCCUUAUAAAUGUAGUGAAUGUGGAAAAUCCUUCAGCUACAAAUGCAAACUUGUGCAGCACCUGCGAAUUCACACUGGAGAAAGGCCUUAUGAGUGUGGGGAAUGUGGGAAAUCCUUUAGCCACAGCUCCACUCUUAAUCAACACCAGAGAAUUCACACUGGAGCCAGACCAUAUAAGUGUGACGAGUGUGAGAAAUCCUUUAGCCAAAAGUCCAACCUCAUUCAGCACCGGAGAGUACACACAGGAGAAAAGCCUUAUGAGUGUGGGGAAUGUGGGAAGUCCUUUAGUCAAAGCUCCCACAUCAUUCAACACAGAAAACUUCACACCAGAUAACCUCAUGAAUGCAGUGACUGGGAGAAAAUCAGUUACAGCCAAUGGUCUGUAAUUAAACAAGUUCACAGCCUGGAUAAAAUUUGUGCAGCAAAGUUGGGAAAACCUUCAUCUAAAGGUCUCUGAGACCUACAGGGAACAUGGGUUUUCAGUGUACUAGAACUAGAGUGUUUUUGUGAGGGAGCCAUCUGCUUGACGUUGAACAUUAUACAGCUGAGCAUCCAGAGUGGGAAGGUUCCCCAGGAGUUCUAGGUUUGUGGAAAGCUUUUAGGAUCCUCUUUGCAUAUUCUACUGCUGGCUCUGUUGCCUGAAUUAUGUUCCUUCCAGUUUCUGUGGCAGAAGCCUCAUCUCUACCACUUAGUAGUUUCCAGGUUCCAGUAGUAUGUAUGUCCCUUGCAGUGAUCAGGGAAGGCAGAUGUCUCUGUCCCAUUCUCUACAGAACAGUAAGGAGGAGUAAUUUUCAAGGGAGGAAGCACCUCUAGUGCCUCUGUGAGAAGUAUAAAUCAGUUCUCUUUUCCCAAGGAUAUCACAUAAUGCUGAGCACUAUGUGGGGAAGCUGUUCCCCGGGUACUGCAAAGGAAUCACGUGCCUUCACGUCUAGAGUUGGGUUUUCUGGUGUUGGUUGUAAGACAGGGGUGAGGCUGGAACCUAAAUUCACACACAGUGUAUGUGAUUCAUAUGCACUGGAGGAGGCUGUGGCAGUGAGAGAGGUGUGCCUCUUUUAAACGUGCCUCCACAAAUAUUCAGUGACUGUGGCUACAUUGUGUUGGAUGAGGUGUACAUGCCAUAGCUGUGUUCUUCCUGUAGCUGCAGUCAUUGUCAGAGCAUAUAAAGCUUUGUAUAUUUGUGUAGCCUCCGGGCUGCUCACUCUAAGGAUACUGCUGCAUGGAGAAGAAAAUGAAAAUAGACAGAAGGGAGAUCUUGAAGCCCAGAGAUACAGUUUUUGUGACCUAGCAGCUGUUCCUGCCAACUCAGAAAUGAUCUUUAUGAAUACUUUCUGCCCUGUUGGAGGGCUGCAUCCCAAGCUUUCUAAACAUCUGGUUAUGAAAAAAAAUGAAUUAGAUUUCUAUUUAAACAAAUUCUUACAAAGGUUUAUUGACAUAUAAUUGAUUUAAAUUGUACAGUGUGGUUAGUUUUGACAUAGUGUAAAAACCAUGAAACCAUUAAAAAUAACGCUGAUGGUUAUCAUAUCUGUAAUUCAUAGUUACUUCCCUUGUAUUUUUGGCCACACCACACGCUUGUGGGAUCAAGCCUGGGUCGUGGCAGUGAAAGCCCAGAAUCCUAACCCCUCGGCUACCAGAGAAUACACUUUUAAAAUCUCUUUCUGCCCUCACAACUACUGAUUUACUCUUUCACAGUAAAUUAGUUUGUUUCAUAGAAUUUUGUUUACUUUUUAAAAAUUGUUUUCCCUCCAUGCUGCAUAAUUAUUUUCUGAUUCAUAAAUCUUUGCUUAUGUAAAUACUUCAUUCUUUUUAUAGCUGAGUACUAUAUCCUGUCUAGAUGAACCACAAUUUGUUUACCCACUUUUCUGUUUAAUGGCCAUUUUGGCUUGUUUCCAAUUUUCGGCUGUUACAAAUAAAGCCUUAUGUAUAUACACAAUGGAAUGGCA